UGGCGACGCUCCAAAGGAACAUCACCAGAAUCAAGAUGCUUGCGCAAAGAGCCACCCAACAAUCGCUGCGCCGGCUUGCUGCCGGCCAGCCCUCCAUGAUCGCCCAAUAUGCCAUGAAGAAGAGCUUUGCUCCCGCGGCAAUUGGAGCCUCGAUCCAGACCCGACCUGUGGCCACCCAGAAGAUGACCCCCGAAUCCUCCUACCAGAUUCUCGUCGAGCAACGCAAGCACCGUCCUACCUCCCCCCAUCUCGCCAUCUACAAGCCUCAGAUCCCCUGGAUUCUGUCCGGCCUGAACCGUAUCACUGGCUCCGUCCUGUCUGGCGGCUUCUACAUCUUUGGAUCUGCGUACCUUGUGUCUCCGCUCUUCGGCUGGCACCUAGAUUCUGCCAGCAUGGCGGCUGCGUUUGCCUCUUGGCCCGUGGCUCUUAAGGUGCUGACGAAGUUCGCUGUGGCGUUCCCUUUCACAUUUCACAGCAUUAACGGAGUGAGACAUUUGGUUUGGGAUUUGGGCAAGGCUUUCAAGAACGAUGCUGUAAUCAAGACCGGAUGGGCGGUCGUGGGUCUGAGUGUUUCGAGUGCGCUUGCUUUGGCCCUCUACUAAAGGGUGAUGUUCGCGGGGUGAAGGGAGAUCGAAUGGAAUGGGUGGGGGAAUUCGUGUGAAGAUAG